AUGCCUCCGGAGGCGACGAAGCCCCUUCGAACACCCUCCACUCUGGUCCUGCCGUCCCCCCGCCUCCCCCCACCCCCGAUCAACCAAUCAGAAAUGUGGCUGUUUAACCUGGUUCCCCUGAAGCGUUUUCACGAUGUCAACCAACUACAAAGGAUGCCGAAGGUGUGGACGAAUCGUGGUUGUCACGCAUUCACGGCCCUCAUAAUUUUGGUCUUCGCUUGCGAGCAAACCUUCAGUAUGCCGCUAGCGGGGUCUUCCAGUGAGGCAGGCUUGAGGCUUCAACGGAGGCGUCCAGCGUUCUUGUACGACGCCUGGGGCAAACGCAGCCACUCGCCCGACCUAGGGCCUCCGUCUACUUGGCGUGUGGUCGAGGAGACAGCCGAACACCUUCUGAUCGCCAUUCCAAAGAUCCCCAUCAAUCAGGACGUCUGGGAGGUGGACGAAAAGCUCCCAGCCCUGAAGCGAGGAGCCUACUUGGAUCUCCCUUGGGGUUGA